CUCUCAUACGUGGCCAACCUACAUAAUAACGAGGACGCACGGAAGGCGUAACUCGGUGGCAAUCGGCCGUCUCGCUUUAGAACGCCCCGGGCGCGCGCCUAAGCGAGACGGAGAACCACAAAUUUAUUGAAACGAAAAAAAAAAAAGCACCGCGCUACUGCACUUCGCGUCGCCUCGACAGAAUAGAUACAUUUUUCCCCACGUCCCCGCGUGUGAGCGAGCCGCCUAAGCCUUUCGACGUGAACGAGCGGGACGGUUAUAGUUUUAGAGGGAACGCGCACAGCUAAACGGCGAGUGAUGUGGGCGCUGCCGGUGUUGCGCACGCGCAGCUACCUCUCGGCGGUCGAGUUCCACGCUCGCGCCGCGACGCUCGGCUCGCUUAGCCCGCGUGACCUUUACUCGGUGAACUUAGGAAGCGUUCUCUGAAACUUCCAUCAGACCCCCUCCGUCCCGCGCGACACUCACUCGGUGGACCUAGAGAGCAGCAGACUGUCGCUGGAGCGAAAGAGAUGGCAGGCGGUCGGCAGUGCCGCGGCUAAAGGUAUUUGUAGAAUGCGUGAUCUGUAUCGGGCGGGCGCGGGCGGCGCGAGGGGUGCGGGGUUCGUUCGGAAGCAGUGGCAGCUCCUAUCGACUCCUGGGUUAUUCUUCCUCAGGCCACUGCUGAUCGAGCUACGUACCAAGCGAGCCAGUUUUUUCUUACGACCGCACCUCACGCCGCACACUCGUCGAGCCCGCGCGAACACGAGGAGUCGCCACUAAUAAAUUACUGUUUUUUACUGCACUUCGGACAGUCACCGCCGCGCAGCCGACUAAUUUAUACGUAAACUAACAUAAAUCACCGAUAGUUGCGACUCCCAUCGCCCGAAUACAGCGUUCAAGCCCCGCCCGUCGUAAGCAUCACAUCUUAGUCCAGACAAAAUGUUCGCCGUGAUGCAAAUUGACGAAGAGCACACACGGGAUUUCAGACGCAAACUGCGCCCAAAAUGCGAGUUCGUUUGCAAGUACUGCCAACGUCGGUUCACGAAGUCCUACAACCUGAUGAUCCACGAACGCACCCAUAAGAGUCCGGAGCUGUCGUUCAGCUGUGAAGUGUGCGGGAAGAGCUUCAAGCGGCAAGACAACCUGCGCCAACACAGAUGUAGUCAAUGCUUGUGGCGGUGAAGGUGACGGAAGCACGAUCCAACAACAGCGGUCUCUCUUACAAUAUAGCGGAAAUCCAUUACAACCCCAGAAAAGAGACCGCGUACGUACGAUGGUGUUAAAUAACAUUAUCAUGGAUGAUGACGUCAUAUGCUAUGUACAUCUUUUAGUAUAUGGAAGAAGAAAAAAAAAAACAAAGUUACAUAACAGUAUUCGUGCUUCGUCGUUAACACCGCCAGAAUGGGAUAUUGCAAUUAACAAAAUUAAGAUGAAAAAAAAUUAACUUUUUUGGAUACCGAUUUAAAAAAAAAUCCCGCAUUUAUAAAACUGACAACAGCUCCGGAUAAAAAAGAUUUAAGAAGUAGCUCUAAUCCUUAAUUAUAUUGUCUAAUAAUAUUGAUUGAUUAAAUUUUACAGUAAGUACUUAUUAUUUAUACUUAACUAACACGAAUAGCUUGAUAUAUAAUAUUGAAUUAUAAUAUACUAUAUCUAAUUUGCUUACAUGUAAAAAUAGAGUCGAUUCAAAUAUGGAUUAGAGUGACCACGUUCAAAAUAUUUAAAUAAACGUUUUAGGACCUUUUUUUUUUCAAAAUUCAAAACGCAUUCUGGUGAAUUUGUAAAUAGUAUUUUUUAUUAGGUUAAGUGACUUUAGCAUUUAAACGGCUUAACAACAUAACGUUACAUAUUAUGAUGUAAAGUAAUAUUUAUAUUAUAUUUAAAAAUAUUGUUAUUAAGCUUUUAUUAUACGUGGAACGUAACAUGUAGUUCUAGAGUCCUGAACAUUUUCGAUAGAAUUUUUAUUUAUUGUUUUUUUUUUUUUUUUUUUACAAAACAUUUCUUUAUGUAUGCAUGAUUGUUCCUAUAAUUGGAUUGAAAUAGAAAGAAAAUUUAAUAUUAAAUUGACCUAUACUAAAAUCCGUUUUCAUAUUACGUUGUAAGAAAGUAAAACAAAAUUUAUUAGGUCAUUUCUGCACUCUAACACAGAAACAAGUUUCAAUUUUGGAUUUUAUUAAAAAUCAGUAAAAAUCAAUCAUUCUAAUUGCAAAUUUGUGAGCUCUGUCCGCUUCGUACAUCUAUUCAAAUAUCCAAUGUAUUCUAAAAGUAUGUUACUACUUGUUAAAUCUACAUUAUAAAAGUGAUAAAUGCCUUGAAAACUAUCGUUUGAUGUUGCUUUUUUAUAUUUCAUAUGCCGUUACACAACUUUCCAUUCAGGAAGAUUUUGUUCCUAUUACUAGAAAUCGCUAUGGUCAUCGCUGGAUUUGUAAAAUCACAUUUAGGAGGCUCUCCCUCAAACGUUGCUGGAAAAGUACUCUUAUCCGUAGACACUGGCUUGGCUGAAGUUCAUGACUAGGUACCGAUCAGCGUAACACAGUCAAUAUGCUAAUCUUUGAUGGGAAUAAAGGCUAGCAUAGGUAACCUGAAAAAUGUUUAUUUUUACACUUCGAAACACUUUAGUUUCUGUUUAUAAUCAACUAGCGACCCGCCCUCGCUUCGCUUCGGAAACAUUAAAACACACAUGAAACCAAAAAAAUAAAAUAAAAUAUUUUUUAAAAAAAGUAGCCUAUGUUCAUCAGGGACAAUGUCGGCUUCUAAUGGAAAACGAAUUUUUCAAAUCGGUCCAGUAGUUUCAGAGCAUAUUCGAAACAAACAAACAAACAAAUCUUUCCUCUUUAUAAUAUUAGUAUAGAAAACAAUUGAUACGAAGCGAAAGGUUUAAUUGUUUUUUUUUUUUUUUUAAUAGCUUUUGUUAAAUUUAAAAAGUUGUACAAUUAAUUCUGUCGAGAACUACAUUUCGUGUAACAAAGAACGAGUCUGUAGGAAAGGAUAUUUUUUAUAUUUAAAACGCUUGUUAUUCUACGCCAAUUAUAUAUUACAAAGACGGCAAUUAUGUGUUUUUACAGUUUUAAUAAUAGCUCCGUUCUCUUAAACCGAUAACUUUUGACAUUUCACUGAACGUUAAACUUUUGAGGGUUUUUGGGAACUGGAAUAUGUUUAUCUGGUGCAAGACUUUACAGUAUUUCGAGGCGAUCGAAGUAAUUGUAAGCUCUUUAAAUUCGUGUAAUAAUUGUCGCAUUUGUCGUCUUUAUGUCUUUUUGUAAAGUAAAACUGCGGUGUGUGAAAUGGGAGAAACAUGACGUUUUACAACGCUGCUUAUUACUGAUACAAUAUAAUAACAUUCUAUGUGCCAAUAUGGAUAGAAAUGUCUGUCUUUAGCCAUAUUUUUUUAGUUUUAAGUGCGAUUGCACGUAAAAGAUUAUUUUUUUUAAUGAAAAUUUGUCGUAACAUAAAAACGCCUUUAUGUAGAAGAGCUUAGAUGUAAAAAAAUAUAUAAUUUUUAUUAUAUUUUCGUAUUGUGUAUGUAUUCUAUUACAUUGUAAAUGAAUGAUAAUAAACGAUUGAUCAAUAAUACUA